GAUACCUGCCAAUUAGCUGAAUAGAUUUUUUUAUAUCAGUUACCAAAUACGACUUAAAUUCGGUCCCUUUCUAAGAUAAUUAGUUUACUUUGCAAAUCCGCUAAAUUGCUUUUUUUUAUUUAAAAAAAUGCCUUUACAAGAUAAUGCCCGAAGAAGAAUAAGUGUCAUGGAGAAAAGUACGGAUCACUUGACAAAAGAGCAAUAUUUUGUGGAUGAAAACUCCUCUGAAACAGCCGACAAAGGGCCAAGAUUUGGUUGCAGAUAUGUCCAGUCAAUGUUACUCUGCCUAGCCUUAGUUUCUGGAAUAGGAACUAGAACUAAUAUAGCAGUUGCUGUAGUGGCUAUGACAGACAAAUAUGCAAGUCCCAACCCCAAUGUUCCGACUUACGAUUGGAAUAAUACAAGCGUAAUAAUAUCAUCUUUCUUUUGGACCUACAUUUCGCUACAAGUUUUGGCAGGUCACUUAGGAAGAAAAUAUGGCCCGAAAUAUUUUCUGUUUGGAACAUCUCUUUUAAAUUUCUUUGCAUGUGCGGCUAUUCCAUUUUCCGCUGCCCGUCUGGGUUCACAUGGUGUGAUUGCAUGCAGAAUCGUCCAGGGCAUGUGUCAAGGCUUUUUAUAUCCUUCUAUUCAAGUGAUGAUGGGCACUUGGAUACCAAAAGAAGAACGAGCCACUUUAAAUAAUCUCAUAUUUGCAGGUGUCGCCAUUGGUGGUAUUUAUUCCACUCUAUUAACUGGAUACAUAUCUGCAAGUUGGUGGGGAUGGACGUAUUCCUUCUAUAUACUUUCAUUAGUCGGAUUCCUUUGGUGCAUAUUAUGGCUAUUUUUCGGGCAUGACAGUCCAGCUAAGCACCCAAGGAUUACCAAAGAAGAAAAGAAAUAUAUUCAAAGUUCCCUGAAGCAAGAAGAUGAUAUACAAUUACCAACACCAUGGAAGCAAAUCUUCACCUGUGUGCCACUAUACGCUAUACUCAUUGCAUAUGUUGGAAAUCUAUUUGGAUAUGCCGUUAUGACCACGGAAAUACCAACUUAUUUAGCCAAAGUUAUGAGUUUCGAUGUUAAAAGGAAUGCAAUAAAUAAUGCAAUUCCAACCGCUGUCUCUCUGCUAGCUUCAAUGAUCACCGGCCCUGCAUCAGACUGGCUUAUCCAAAAACAAUAUUUAUCUACUUUAAACACCAGAAGAUUUGCGCAAAUAAUUGGAUCCUAUGGGAAUGCAAUCUGCCUUAUCUGGAUGUCAUUCCUGUCUAAAGACCAGGCCUAUAUGGCAGUUAUAAUAUUGUCUUUUGCCAGUACUUUAACAUCGUUUGUUCAAAUUGGGUGCAAUGUAAACCACCUGGAUUUGUCACCGAGAUUUAGUGGAGUUAUUUUUGGUAUCCUCAACGCCAUUGGUCAAUUAGCUUCAGUAGUAGCUCCAUUAUUUGUACAGUUUGCUGUUACGGAUACGAAAAGCAUCGAGCAAUGGCGCACAGUUUUUAUCAUCACAGCUGGAUUUUUUAUCACAGGAGCAUCGGUAUUUUACUUCCUAGCAUCAGCCACAAGACAAACGUGGGAUGGACCUGAUCUGAAAGAUCUGUCGGAGAAAAAAAAAACAGUCCAGUGCCGAACGUGAGACAAGAAGCAGUUAAAUUGGCAACUGUACUUAAAUAAGUAAUAAACUGAAAUUAACACAGUACAUUACAAAAGAAAUUAAUAUAUUCCAAAAGGCUAAAGUAGGGAUUUUAAUAUCACGACUAUGUUUACAGUCCAAAGGAUGGUAUAGACACAUACUUUAGUCUUGAAGGUUUCGUCCUUAUUUUGUGCACUUUGAAAUGUAUUUUUAACAUUUUUUAAGCGUAUGGAUUUGAGUUUAGAUUGUAGACUGAUGCCAUAAAGAUCUAAAUAUGACGACCGUCCCACAAUUGUCUCAACCAGCACUGAUAUUUAAUAAUAGCUAUGAAUUGACAUGUUGUAUAGACCGUUGAUGAUGUAUUAAUAAUAAAUAUAAACACACAAAAUGA